UGGUCACGUGACAUGGUUUUAGCGCUCGGUUUCUGGACUGUGAGGUUUAAAAAAUUAUGCUUGAAAUGCCAACAUUAUUUUCUUUAUCGAUUGAGGAUCGCCAACGGGCGCCCCGCGGCCAUUUGGAAAUACUUUUUUGUCGACGGAGCAGAAAGAAUUCUCGACUGAAAAUUCCAGCGCUCGGGUUAAACGUCACGUGACCAACCCGCGACUGGCUGCUUGGUAAAGAUGGCGGAAGGUGGUUAGAAAACAGAGGAGCGAAGAGGGUAAUAUCCCGGUUAAGGCAGCGAUUAACGGAACGCCCGUUCACUGAUAUGUGAGUGUUGUUACCAGGCACAAAUGUCUGAAAAAGGUUGAGGAUUUCCCGAGGAUCACAGUAAAAAUGAUGGAUCCUGGACAGGAUUUGCUCCUAGCAGCCCUGAGCGAGAGCGGAAUCUGCCCUAACGACCUGUUUGACUUUGACCCUCAGGAUGCUGCAAUGCCCUCUCCCACCCCACAGUCUAUCUCCAUCAGUGCCCUGGGUGUUGACUCGGGGAUGGAGCCAACAGGAGUCACAGCUCCACCCAAUCCUACAGGCACAAUCAGGCACAAACCUCAACCCUCAACCACCACAUUUGUCUUAAAUCAACUGAAUCAGUUGCCAUCGCUGGGAACAAUCGUUGUGACCAAGCCCUCAACUGGAGGCACUACCAGACAUACCAUCACAGUCACCAAGGUAGUCCAUACCACUCCCUCAGCCCUGCGGGGAUCCACUUCCACACUCACCUCCUCCACGGCUCUCCCCUCCGCAGUCUCCACAGUGGUUUCUUCCAGUCUAGAGCAGAUGCAGCUGAAGGACCUGUUGAGGACAGGCGGUCUGAAGGGCAGCACCAUGAAGGGUAGUAGUCUGGUGGAACUCAUGAGGCUCAAGCCGCCUCACGACAUCGCCCAGCCGGUCGCCACCGCAAUAGCCACAGGCACCACGGAACUGAACAACGGGAUAAAGGAGGUGUCGGGUGAAGACUCCGCUCGGGUCUGGGUGAACGACGACGUGAAAGUGCGGAGCUUCUCACCUACACUAAAACUCUCAGGAAUGGAGGAGGAGGCUGAGGAAGAGGAGGAUGAAGAGUUGGGUCAUGCUGAGACAUAUGCCGAGUACAUGCCCAUGAAAUUGCGGAUCGGGCUGCGUCACCCAGACCCGGUUGUGGAGACAAGCUCCCUGUCCAGUGUGAAUCCUCCCAACGUGUGGUACAGAAUGUCCAUACCGGAGGAGACCAUCGACCGCGGCUGGCUGUCUGCUCUGCAGCUGGAGGCCAUCACAUACGCUGCCCAGCAACAUGAAACAUUCCUCCCUAACGGCGACCGAGCGUCCUAUCUGAUAGGAGACGGGGCCGGAGUGGGGAAGGGCCGGACCAUUGCUGGGAUAAUCUACGAGAACUACCUCCUGGGCAGAAAGAGAUCACUCUGGUUCAGUGUUUCUAAUGACCUGAAGUAUGAUGCAGAGAGAGAUCUGAAAGACAUAGGAGCCAAGAACAUUCCAGUCUAUUCCCUCAACAAGUUUAAGUAUGGUAAGAUCUCGUCCAAACACAACGGCAGUGUGAAGAAGGGGGUGAUCUUCGCUACGUACUCCUCUCUGAUAGGAGAGAGCCAGUCUGGAGGGAAGUACAAGACCCGCUUCAAACAGCUGCUCCACUGGUGUGGACAGGUCUUCGAGGGAGUUAUUGUGUAUGACGAGUGUCACAAAGCAAAAAAUGUCUGUCCCAUCGGCUCGUCCAAACCCACCAAGACUGGACUGGCCGUCCUGGAGCUGCAAAACAAACUGCCCAAAGCGCGGGUGGUGUACGCUAGCGCCACUGGUGCGUCUGAGCCCCGUAACAUGGCCUACAUGAGCCGGCUGGGCAUAUGGGGGGAGGGGACCCCCUUCAGAGAGUUUAGCAACUUCAUUCAGGCUGUGGAGCGCCGAGGUGUGGGUGCUAUGGAGAUAGUUGCCAUGGAUAUGAAGCUGAGGGGGAUGUACAUCGCCAGGCAGCUGAGCUUCACGGGUGUCACGUUCAAGAUUGAGCAGGUUCCUUUGACAACCCACUACAUCAAGAUGUACAACAAGUCUGUACACCUGUGGGUGGCUGCGCGGGAGAAGUUCCAGGCGGCUGCUAACCUGAUGGAUGCAGAGCAGCGGAUGAAGAAGUCCAUGUGGGGUCAGUUCUGGUCGGCCCACCAGAGGUUCUUCAAGUACCUCUGCAUUGCGUCCAAGGUCCGCAGGGUGGUGCAGCUCGCCAGGGAGGAGGUCAAAAACGGGAAGUGUGUUGUGAUUGGUCUCCAGUCGACAGGAGAGGCCAGAACACUGGAGGCCCUGGAGGAAGGAGGAGGAGAGCUCAACGACUUUGUCUCCACCGCCAAAGGUGUGCUCCAGUCCCUGGUAGAGAAGCACUUCCCAGCUCCAGACAGAGAAAAGCUGUUCAGCCUGCUGGGCAUUGACCUGCCGGCCAUGAAGACCCCCUUCCCCAGCGAGGCUGCAGCAGAGCAGAGGGGAAAGAAGAGGAAAGGUGCCAACAUAAAGAAGGCGGCAGAGAAGAGGAAGAGAAAAUCAGGUGGUCUGUCGGGGAACAGCUCUGAUGACAGCAAAUCAGAAGAGUCUCAUAAGGACGAUGCGGAGAGUGACGACAGCUUCAAGUCGGUCAGCUCGGGAGAAGAUGACGAAGACGACUUCAAUCCCUUCAAGGAUGAUUCCAGCGAGGAUGAGGAGGAUGACCCCUGGCUGUCUGGAAAGAGGAAAGGGGUGAAGAAAUGCAAGGAGAAGAAAAAGAAGAAGAAGAAGAGCAUUGACCCAGACUCUAUCCACAGUGCCUUGUUAGCUUCUGGUCUGGGCUCCAUCAGGCCUGCUUUCACCACCCCCCCAGUCAAGACCUCCAGCACACCUGCCAUAGCCAAGGUAGAGGUAGAUGACAGCUGUAUGACCAGUCAGGAUGCUGUUGAAGAUGCUCAGCAGAUGAAGAGAGAUCUGUUGGACCAACUAGAUAAGCUGGCUCAGGAUCUACCUCCCAACACUCUGGAUGAACUCAUAGAUGAGCUGGGAGGACCUGACAACGUGGCUGAGAUGACUGGGCGUAAAGGCCGGGUGGUCAGUAACGACGAUGGCAGCAUCUCCUACGAGUCUCGGUCUGAGCUGGAUGUUCCUGUGGAGAUCCUCAACCUCACAGAGAAACAGAGGUUCAUGGACGGAGAGAAGAACAUAGCCAUCAUCUCGGAAGCGGCCAGCUCGGGCAUCUCCUUGCAGGCUGACCGGCGAGUAAAGAACCAGAGGAGGAGGGUCCACAUGACCCUGGAGCUGCCCUGGAGUGCAGACAGAGCCAUACAGCAGUUUGGGAGGACCCAUAGGUCUAACCAGGUGACUGCUCCUGAGUAUGUGUUCCUCAUAUCUGAGCUGGCUGGGGAACAGAGGUUUGCCUCCAUUGUGGCCAAGAGACUGGAGAGCCUGGGUGCCCUCACCCAUGGAGACAGAAGAGCGACAGAGACUAGAGAUCUCAGCAGGUUCAACUUCGACAACAAAUAUGGCAGAAAUGCUCUGGAGAUUGUGAUGAAGUCCAUCGUUAACCUGGACUUUCCGUUAGUGAAUCCUCCAUCGAACUUCGAAGGGGAUUUCUACAAAGAAAUCCUUCAUGGGUUGAUCGGAGUGGGUCUGAUCCAUGUGGAGGGCAGAUCAGGGAUCCUGUCUCUGGACAAAGACUACAACAACAUAGGGAAGUUCCUGAACCGUAUCCUGGGGAUGGCGGUGCAGGAGCAGAACGCUCUGUUCCAGUACUUUUCUGACACGCUGGCAGCCGUCAUACAGAAUGCCAAGAAGAAUGGACGCUACGACAUGGGCAUUCUGGACCUAGGUUCUGGGGAUGAGAAGGUGAAGAAGAUGGAAGCCAAAAAGUUCCUGACUCCAGGCUACUCCACCUCCGGACAUGUGGAGCUCUACACGGUGAGUGUGGAGAGAGGCAUGUCCUGGGAGGAUGCUACCCAUGCCUGGGCUGAGCAGAGUGGACCCGAUGAUGGCUUCUAUGUACAGAUAAGGAACAACAAGAAGACUGCUAUCUUGGUGAAGGAGGUGAACAGUAAGAAGAGGCUGUUCCUGGUCUACAGACCCAACACAGGCAAACAGCUGAAACUGGAGGCCUACGCUGACAUCAAGAAGAAGUGUAAAAAGGUGCUGUCAGAUGAUGCCAAGCAGCACUGGAUGGACCAGUACCAGUCUUCAGCUGAGAUCUGCUCUCAUGCUUACUGGCGUGGUAACUGUAAGAAGGUGUCGGUGGGUCUGCAGUGUGAGGUGGGUCUGCGCUGCAGGACGUACUAUGUGCUGUGUGGAUCUGUGCUCAGUGUGUGGACCAAGGUGGAGGGAGUCCUGGCCUCCGUCAGCGGAACCAACAUCAAGAUGCAGAUCGUCCGUCUCAGGACGGAGGACGGGCAGAGGAUUGUGGGCCUGAUCAUUCCAAUUAACUGCGUCUCUCCUCUGACCAACAUCCUGUCGUCGUCUGACCAGUCUCAGCAACUGGCCGUUCAACAGCAGCAGAAGUGGCAGCAGCUGCACCCUCAAAGCCUCAGCCACAUGCAUAACAUGGGUUCACCACCCAGUCUGACCUGAUGGGCUUCGACAACAUUUCCAUCUGAAUCUCUACCGUGACACUACCCACCACCUCUUCUCCUCCCUCUCCGUUCCUCCUAAGGUGCUGAGUUGUGGUUUUCCCUGAAGCUAAACCACAGUGGCAAAGUUAAGAUUUCAGGGUUUAUGUCCAAAGAGGAGACAGUCUCCCUUUUGACACCCAGAGGAGUUGGCUUGAUGAAUAAUAUUCUUCUGAGAUUCAGAGCUGAAGAUUUAGAAGAGGCUGCGGUGAUGAAGGGGGGGAAGAGUAGAGGACGCAUGGAGAAGUGGCAUUAUUAAAAAUGCCAGAGACUGUUUUUCCUGUUGCACCCCUCUCCCUCCCCUCAGCUCUAUGUAAGCGAUGGGGUGUGCCUUCUCUACUGAAGGAUGGGGGAUGUCACCCAGGUUUUUGUUUUCAACAGGUGACUGGACAGUGCUCAGGUGUUCGUUAAACUACACAGUGAUUUUUUAAAUUUUUUUAAACAGGUGUUUUACAAAAUGUCUACCUGAGAUGCAUGACCACACACCAACUGCUUGCUUUCUUCAUUUUAGAUUUUACUCUAUCACGACUCAAGUCUCAGGCAUGAUGACGACAACUCUCACCAUAACUACAUUUAAAAUGGCACCCUAUUCCAUAGGUAGUGCACUACUUUUGUUCACCAUCGAGAGUAGGGUGCAAUUUCUGAAACAAUCCUUGUUUCUAUCAAACAUUGGUGUAUCCUUUCUACCUACAGAAUUGUUUACAGCUUGACUAUCAAGAAUUGUGAUUGUGCAUGGUUUAAAAUAACUUCAUUUUCCUGUAUUUAUUCCUCUGCAUUCAAAAGAUGUUCAGAAUGGGUUGUUUGAUAUGUGGCAUCAGAUUCGAUAUCUUGUACUAUCAAACUACAGCAGAUACACUCCUGGAGUGUUAUUAUAAAACUGCACGUGAACCGACAGAUCUUGUUUGUCAAUACAAGCUCUCUAAUAACACUACAUUAAAAGCUAGUAUUCAAGAUAGUUUGUUGUUGAAUUCAAAACGGAUCCCUUUUACCUCAUGGAGGUGUGUGUAAAUCUGAAAGGAUUGGAUCUGUGGUAAAGCUUGCACCUCGGAGGCAAAGGUGGUAUCAAUUAGCAUAUUCACUGGUAUCUAUUUUAUCCUUUAGGUCAUAUGUCAAACUCUUUGCACAGAGGGCCGAGUGUCUGCGUGUUUUCUCUCCCUUGUACUUGAUUGAUUAAUUAAGGUCACUAAUUAGUAAGUACACUCCCUUACCUGGUUGUCUGUCUUAAUUAAAGGAAAAACCAGCAGACAUUACUGCCCUAGGCCCUCCAUGGAAUGAGUUUGACACUACUGCCCUAGGCCCUCCAUGGAAUGAGUUUGACACUACUGCCCUAGGUACUUCAUGGAAUGAGUUUGACACUACUGCCCUAGGUACUUCAUGGAAUGAGUUUGACACUACUGCCCUAGGUACUUCAUGGAAUGAGUUUGACACUACUGCCCAAGGUACUUCAUGGAAUGAGUUUGACACUACUGCCCUAGGUACUUCAUGGAAUGAGUUUGAUACUACUGUCCUAGGCACUUCAUGGAUAUCUAAAACAGGUGUUUCAAACUCAUUCCAUGGAGGUCCUUGUAGUGUCUGCUGGUUUUUCCUUUUAAUUAAGACUUAGACAACCAGGAGAGGGGAGUUUCUUACUUAUUAGUGACCUUAAUUAAUCAAGUACAAGGGAGGAGUAAACACGCAGACACUCAACCCUCCGUGGAAUGAGUUUGUCGUGUGACUCAGGAUUCUUGGGAUUGGGCACUUGUUCCCUCACUGAUUCUGAACUGGAAUCUAACCUCGAGUCUACCAGUCAGCAACAUUGCUGCUUGAUCUCUGGUACUUUUUAUCUGUUUUGUCACUUGAGACAGGAUGUACAGGGGCAGAAGACUUUCUAAAAAUAUUUUUUUUAAAUGAAGUGAUGUAAAAAGCCUGAGUUUAGGAUGCUACUUUGCUAUACCAAUUGUGUAUAGUGUUGUUUGGACAUAAGAACAGUUUUUUGCUUAAAUAGCCGUUAACACUUGAAGGAUGGUGUAAUUUCAUUUUUGCACGAGUUGCACUACUGACAUGUUCUACAACAAAUCUGUAUUAAAUCAUUUUAACUGAGUGCAAGAUUUCUACCUCUUAAUGACUAAUAAAUACCAAGGAUAAAGUUAGAAAACUAUCUGUUUUUAUAUCAUUCCUCAAUGGCAUUUUCCUCAAUCCUAUUAAAAAAAAAUCUGUAUACUUAA